UAAGCAGUCUGGUGCCUGGGCGAUGUCCGGUUGCCAAAUUUUUAGUCCACGUAGAAUUUCUACUUCACUGCCACGCUUUUGGGUGCUAAACCAACAAGCUUUUGUUUAUCCAGUUUUUUGCAGUGGCAUUGUCAACUGUCAGUCGGUAGUCGCAUUCCAAAUCAUCGUGCAAAACUUUGGCGAUACAGAAUCCUGAGCUCGCGGAGCCAUGGACACGGCUGACGGGGAAACAAAGUCAGUGCGAUUCGCCGCGCAACUCGAAGAGGAGCUGGAACGGGAAGGGCUGACCGAUCUGCCUAAGACGACCUUGACCAUCCAGAGUCCCAUGAGUCAACCAGGAAACAAUCGCCAAGAAAAUGCUUGGAAAGAGCUGCUAGAGAGAAACGUGGACAAUCCUGUGUAUGGCAAUGUUCAGAUGGAGGAGGAUGUGCUCUCCAACAAAAACACAGGAAUCGGGUCGUCCAUCCGUCGCCUGGGUUCGCGAGUGCAGCGCUCGAUUCGCCGCUCGUUGCGACGUGACCCCAAUCCUUACGGAUCGCAAAUUCUGAGCAUUCAGGAAGACCAGGCAUGGAUGAGUUGGAUCGAAGAGCGAAUGGGGUCAAUAUCCCGGGAAGCACAACUGGAUUUGCCCAUGUUCAAAAAGAUUCUGGGUAUCGAAAAAGCUUACUACGCAGAUCGCCUGUUUUCCUUGUUCGACAUGAAUCAUCGCGGUUACAUCAUCGUGGCCGAUUUACUCCGGCUUCUUUCAGCAAUGACCAAGGCCAGUGCCGCCAAGAAAUUGCGACUCAUUUUCGACAUUUAUGAUGCUGACGGUAGCCAGACAAUUGAUGCAGGCGAAUUUACGGCUGUGCUGUCGGCGGCCAUUGAUGAUAAUGCACUGGCCAUUGCGCCUCAACAGAUCGAAUACAUGACGAAAGGACUCUUUGAUGCGGUGGACGUUAAUAUGGAUGGUGUUAUCACUUUUGAUGAGUUACAACAAGGACUGGAGCGUUUUCCGGAGUGGAACGAGCGCUUACAGAUUUCAUUUUCCCGGUUUCUGAAACCUCCAGCUGAGAAACACCCGUCGGUUAAGAAGCGGCAGGAUUUAUCGCGUUUGUGUCCUCCCUACUUCCUGACGUCGACAUAUAUCCGUCACAAUCCACGCGAGUUCUUUUGGGCGGUCUUUUAUGCCCUUUCGGUCGUUGCCUUCUAUUUGUAUGGAUCCCUGUAUGCGGUUUACGUUCAGCAUGAUAUUACAACCCAGCGAUGUCUUCCGUUUUACGCGGUUGCUCACGGUUUCGGAAUGAACCUGAACUGGAAUUCCAUGCUGCUGGUAGUAUUUAUGCUACGCCGGACACUGACAUACAUUCGUAAUACUCGUAUUGGUCCAUACUUGCCAAUCGAUAUUGCUGUUUUCGCGCACAAGGUCAUUGGAUGGGUCGUCCUGAUCUGUGUGUUGGGUCACUUCAUUCUCCAUAUGUUCCAUUUUGAUUGUUUGGUGCGUGAUGGAUCCAACUUCACUUAUUACGAGCUGUUAUUCACCACUAAACCUGGACUAGGGGUUCAUCCCGGCGUCGUUUCCGUUACCGGCUGGCCAAUACUGUUCGCAUUCCUCGUAAUGUUCAUUUGUUCGCUCCCUGUUGUCCGUCGAUCAGGAUUAUUUGAAGUGUUCUUUUUUUCUCACCUCCUGUACAUUCCGUAUAUGCUGCUACUUAUCGUGCACAGUGACAAAUUUUGGAAGUUCAUUGUCGGUCCUGGUGUCAUUUUCAUUUUGGAAAAGAUUAGCAUGACCCGGUGUAUACGGCGUUUAGUGGAAGGGGAGUUUUACAUCAAAGAAGUUGUAUUAUGGGCUUCUGGGGUUACACAGCUGACCUUCAACCAUCCUCCUAAUUUUGCCUUUAAUCCUGGUGAUUAUAUUUUUGUCAACAUUCCCAAUGUAGCAUGGUUUGAGUGGCAUCCCUUUACAAUCAGCAGUUGCCCGGAGAAUUCAGAUGCCGUGACUUUGCACGUGCGCUGCUUGGGUGAAUGGACAAAGCGGCUGCAUACAUAUUUCAAGAAUCACGAGCGCAAUUGCGGUGGAGUGAAGGUGGAUACGCUGAAUCCAUUUAGUAAAUUAUUCCCAGGAUUCGAACAUGGCCCCAGCGUGUUCCAUAAGAAACGCCAGUCGGUCAAAGGUCAACCAGUUCGUGCUCUUCAUGUUCCGAUCUACGUGGAUGGACCCUACGGUACACCUUCCGGUCGAAUUUUCAAUGCUGAGCAUGCCGUCUUGAUUUGCGCUGGUAUUGGUGUGACUCCCUUUGCAUCCAUCCUUCAGAGCAUAAUGUAUCGCCACCAUGCCUCUAAAAUGCGAUGUCCUGAAUGCGCCCACGAAUGGGCACCCGGUGUGUUUUCUGGCCAAAAGGAUCAGUUGAAAAAGGUGACGUUUAUCUGGGUGGUAAAUAGCCAGCGUAGCAUCGAAUGGUUUGUGGAAUUGCUGGAACGGCUCGACAUACAGCAGUUGCGCGAAAAUGAGCUGGACCGUCUGAUUGAUAUCCGCAUCUAUGUCACCUCGGCGACACGAAUGGCAGACUUAUACGCCUUUGCUUUGACUACGGCUUUGGAUAUAUUUUAUGAGAAGCAUAACCGGGAUAUGAUUACGGGAAUUCGUUCGCGUGCCAUUCCUGGUCGUCCCGAUUGGCGUAGCGUGUUUGAACAUUUAGAUAAAAAUAAACGCGGAAAGAUAUCCGUGUUUUUCUGUGGUCCGCCGGUACUGGGUCAGGAACUGCGGGACUUCGCUAAUGAGUACGAUUUCGACUUCCAUAAAGAGUCUUUCUGAGUUUGAAAGUUUUGCCCUUUGUAAGUUUGAUCGACAGUAUAUGUUUUGACAGUUUGUGUGGAAAGUUCUUUUUAAAGUUUUUUAGAGUUUUACGAUGGUUUUACGAAUGUGUGAAUGUUAAAGUUUAAAUUAAAACUCUGUGAUGCUCUUUUUGUCUGCAUGCUUGCUUAUAUUAUUAGAAUGGGGACGAGAAUAUCAGAAUCUCGUAACAAUAAUAAAGCUCACAUCGCACUA